GAUGAUUUAAAUACAAGGGAACCUCUGUCUUCCCUGGCUGUCUUCAGGUCUCCCCUCGAGGAUGGCAUUGCCCCACAGUUCUACUUUUCUAUUUUUCUGCUUCUGCAUUAUCCUUGCAUCAGGUGUAACAAAGCCUGCAAAUGCAAAAAAUUUUACACUAGUGAAUCAGUGCAAAGAAACAAUAUGGCCUGCAAUAAUCACCGAUGGAGGCAACUUCCAUGGUGAAGGCUUUACCUUGGAAUCAGGUCAGACUGCCUUCUAUAAUGCCCCGAAUGGGUGGAGUGGCCGCAUAUGGGGUCGGACCGGUUGCAGUUUCGAUAAAAAUGGCAAUGGCACGUGCCAAACAGGAAGUUGUGGCACUUCAAUAAACUGUACAAGCGCUGGCAGCCUGCCUGUUUCCAUAGCCGAAUUCACCCUAGGUGAUGAUAUCGAUUACUAUGAUGUUAGCCUUGUAGAUGGUUUUAACUUACCUAUUGUGGUCAAGCCUGGUGGUGGUAAGGGAAAUUGCAGCAUUGCUGGCUGUGAUGGAGACUUGAGGCAAAACUGCUCAUCAGAUCUUGAAGUUAAGAACAAUGGGAAAGUAGUCGGUUGCCGCAGUGCUUGCGAUGCCUUCAACACCGAUGAGUACUGUUGCCGUGGGGCGUAUAAAGAUCCUGUCUCAUGUUUGCCUACAAAUUUUUCCAAGAGUUUCAAACAAGUAUGCCCUGCAGCAUCAAGCUAUGCCUAUGAUGACCGCGUUAGUAUCAUAACUUGCUCUGCAUCAGAUUAUUUGGUAGCCUUUUGUGCAUCAAGGAACAAUACAAUAUGCACCUACCAAGAUCAGAAGUUUGUUUGCAACAGUACAUCAGAGGGCUUCAAAGCAAUCUCUCAAAGUUGGAGGAGUUGGAUGUUGGCAUUACCAUUGGCUUCCCUUUUACAAUUUUUCCUUUAGUAAACUCUGUUCAGCUGUUUCAGUUUUCAUCAUUCUGAAAUUUGAAAGGAUGUUAUUCACCCCCCCCCCUUUUUUUCCA